UGGACGCAUCAUUAGCACUCGGCUGUGUGUGAACUAAGCAGCUGUCACGCUUCUGUAUGUGUGUGUCGGGGGACUCCUGGUGAACGCUAAGCUAACGACGUGUACUCUUUCGAGAGACUUUGCAAGCAUGGCACGUGGGCAUCAGAAGAUUCAGUCUCAGCAGAAAAAUGCCAAGAAACAGGCAGAAAUGAAGAAGGCCAAGGGUCAUGAUCAGAAGACAGCAGCAAAAGCAGCAUUAGUGUUUACCUGCGCUGUGUGCAGGUCCCAGAUGCCCGACCCAAAAACCUUCAAGCAGCACUUCGAGAGCAAGCACCCGAAAUCUCCUCUGCCGCCUGAGUUGGAGGGAGUGGAGGCAUAGACGGUCACCCUGGAUACCUAACUGAAUUUGUUUUUCGGCCCUGCACCAAUUCUGCACUUGUCUCAGUCUGACAGCAAUGGAUGAUUUCAUGUAACUAAGUGAAGCAGUUUCCAUCAUGUGGGCUUUUACAGGCCGGGUUGCCUUUGAUGCAGUCCUUCCUCCCUUCCAGUCCUGUUUUUUGCUUGUGUUUAAUUACACAACAUUUGAAACUCAAAAUGCUGGUUUUGAUCAGGGUCACUGACAGUUUUUUUUAUCAUUCAAGUGAUGAAUUAAAAUGUCUGCUUUCAGUCUCAGCUUCUGGAAAAAAACAACAAUAAUUAUAAUAACAAUGAUAAUAAUAAUAAUAAAAACUCACUGCCCUUGCUGUGUUGCACGCACAGGUUUUUUUUUUCUUGCUGCUAGCUCAUGUAACUCUUAAAAUAAAGAUUUAAUUGAGUGUCUGAUUAAAUCGUUAUAGCCAGCAUGCCACAUAAAGUAAUCAAUAUAGAGCAAAGCACAGAUUUGGAUGGAAUAAUGACAUUAUGACUUAAAUGUCAGUUUUAGAUUGUCGCAAAUCUGUUUUUAUUAUUUGGCCUAAUCCAGUUUAAUUUGGCUUUGAAUGCUGAUUAUUAAAAUGAAGUGGAGGCAGUGAGAUGUUUUUCUAACACCAGUCCACCCACAGCGCCGUUUGCCUAUUGUACUGCAGUGUUUAAUCAAGUCCAUCACAAUUUUAUGUCGGGUCAUAAAAAUGUGAAAUGUUAAUUUCUAAGCUGCUACAUAAACUGCAAGCUAAAGAAAUUUUACUGGAGCUUCUCAAAAGCAUUUGUACAUUUGGAAAAUGAAUAUGUGCUCCGAUGUAUUAUAGCAUUUUAUUAAAAUUUACUUUGUUGUAUA